CCAAGAAAAAAUGGGAGAUUUCUAAAAAUUCUGCUAUAGAGAGUGUGUUUUCCUCGUGUCUAUAAAGUGAACACACUGGUGUUAAAUGACUUACUUUCUUUGCAUGUGUUAUGCUUCGCUCAGAUAGAAAAGUAAAGAAGUAAACAGUGAACAAAAAUGUAGAAACGAAAUUUUUUCAAAAAAGUGAACAGGAACACCUGAUCUUAAACAAGAACAAGUACUAGGAAGAUCUGAUCUUGAACAGGAACAAGUACCAGGAAGAUCUGAUCUUGAACAGGAACAUCUGAUUCUGAACAGGAAAAUCUUGAACAUUAUACAAAGACGACCGUGUGUGAAGAAACGUGUGAACAGAUGAUAAACUUGAACGGAGAACCUACUGUGACCCAACCUGACCCAUGGAAAGAUGGUAGAGAGGAAGAGUACAGGAGAAUGAGUUUAAUUGACGAUGCUUCAAAUCAAACAAGGAGUAAACAGGAGCAAUGGACGGAAGCAAAAACUGAAGAUUGGGAGGGAAAAUUGGAUUGGGAGAGGGAGGGGAAGGGAGUUGAAGGUUGGGAAGAGAAGGGAGGAGAAGGUUGGGAAAGAGGAGGAGAAGGAGAAGGAAUAUAUAGUACAGAUCCAAACCUUCAAGAAUUUAUUCCUCAUUCUCUAGAAGAUAAUACUCCACCUCCAGGUUACAUGGGACAUAUAGAGAUGGGGAUGUCUCCGCUAGCAAUGAUGAGUAUGGCAGAGCAGUAUCCCUGGAUGAAGGAGAAGAAACCAGCAAGAAAACCACAAAUUCCAGGAGAUAUGUCAGGCUGGCCUAAGGAGAGAAAAAGACACCCUUCCAAUUCAUUUGCCGACGGCGGAAUGCCAAGGAGAUUGCGUACAGCCUACACUAAUACCCAACUACUAGAAUUAGAAAAAGAAUUUCAUUUUAAUAAAUAUUUGUGCAGACCUCGAAGAAUCGAAAUAGCAGCAGCCCUUGACCUUACAGAAAGACAAGUCAAGGUUUGGUUUCAAAAUCGCCGAAUGAAACACAAACGACAGACGGUAACCAAAGACGACAUCGAUAUCAAAGAUACUAAAUCAAAAAGUUCAGAAUGUGGUGAUCUACCCCCUGGUGCUCGUGAGAGGAUCAAGGAUGAACUAGGAGACUCAGAUAAUGUUAAGAGAGAGGAUGUUAGUGAUCAGGAAGGAAUGGAUUCUGUGAGUUCUCUUGUAGAAAGUGAGUGCGGGGGUACACCAGGGGAUACUCCUGGCACCACCAGGGGUACACCAGGGGGGACACCUGGGGAUACACCAGGCACCACCAGAGGGACACCAGCUCCUUCAGAGAGUACUGCAGAUUCAGAUACUAGGCUGACAGAUUUAUCAUCUAGUAUUAGGUGUGAUACACCUAACAACAGUUCAAAGCUCACAGGAUUACAGUAUAGCUGUGAAAGCAGUCUAAGUCCAAAAGUUCGGAAACCUAGUCAUCUAGUUAAACCAAACCAAACCUCGGGGACCAAUCUAACUCCAGGACUUUCCUUACCUUCUCAAGAUAAUAAUAGAACUUUAUCGUCAGGUUCCACAAGAUCUUCUUGUGAGUUCCAGAACUCGAGUUUUAAACCAGAAUUAGAUUAUUCAGACCCGGGGUAUAAUAGAAGGGUUUACUCCUCCCGGACUACCUCCUACCUUACUCCUUCACCAUCUCCCCGGGGAACCUUUCCACCAACCUCUCCACCUUCUCAUUCAUCUACACCAUACCCAGCACCACAUAGGUAUUCAACUCAAUACUGCUCCAACUACCAGUAUUCUUAUCCUCAGACAAACGGUGGACCUGGGGAUAUCCUGGCUACCCUGGAUACUAUUCUGACCCUCCACCCACUGGAUAUCAUGGAUAUCAAAACUAUACCAAAGGAAAUAUAUUAUAUUUAA